GAGAGUCUGUGUGUCUGUGUGUGUGUGUGUGUGUGUGUGUGUGUGUGUGUGUGUAUAUAUAUGGACGUGUUUUCUUUGCAUGAGUGCAUUUCCUUUCUUUGUCUGCACCGACGUGUCCUGAUCCAUUUCCUCCUCACCUAAAGUUGCAAGAAUGUUCCCCUGCCAGGCAGCGCCGGGCCAGUUUGGACCAGAGACACGGGAGCCGGGGCUGAAGGUGUGGCGGGUGGAGAAGAUGAAGGCGGUGCUGCUGGAGCCGGCUGAGGUGGGGGCUUUCUUCAACGGAGACUCCUACCUGGUGCUGGAGCACAGGGGGGACCAGGGGGCAGACCUGCACAUGUGGAUAGGUGAGAAAUCAUCUCGUGACGAGCAGGUGGCGUGUGCCAUGCUGGCUACCCAGCUGGACAACUUCCUGGGUGGUGACCCCAUCCAGCAUCGCCAGAUCCAGGGCUACGAGGCCCCAGAGUUCAUGAACCUCUUCCCCAGGGGGGUCAGCUACAAGGACGGUGGUGUGGAGUCGGGUUUCAGGCGACCCCAGGGUGGGUCAGGGCCGGUUCACAGGCUGUACCAGAUCAAAGGGAAGCGCAACAUCCGUGCCAAGGAGGUGGAGCUGAGCUGGGAGAGCUUCAACAAGGGAGACUGCUUCAUCCUGGACCUGGGAGAGACCAUAUUUUCGUGGAUAGGCUCGCAGGCCAACAUGUUUGAGAAGCAGAAGUCGCGUGAGAUUGCUAGCCUGAUCCGCGACACUGAGAGACAUGGUAAAGCACGCAUCACUGACAUCAGUGAGGGAGAGGAGCCGCCGGAGAUGCUCAAGGUGCUGGGACCAAUGCUAGAGCUGGCAGAGAGCACUCCAGAAGAGGACAGUCAAGCAGACGUCUCCAACUCCGCCUCCCUCUACAAGGUGUCCGAUGCGACAGGUAAGAUGAAGCUGACCAAUGUCUCUGAAAAAAGCCCAUUUGCCAAGGACCUUCUGGUGCGUGACGACUGCUUUAUUCUAGACAACGGGGCCAAUGGAAAGAUCUUCGUCUGGAAAGGUAUGGGAGCCAAUGCAGAGGAGAAAAGGGAGGCCUUGAAAAUGGCAGAUGACUUCAUCCAACAGAUGAACUACCCCAGGAUGAAAACACAGGUGGAGAUUCUACCACAGGGGAGGGAGACGAUCAUCUUCAAGCAGUUCUUCAAGAACUGGAACUAAACUACAAGGGUUUAACUGUUAACUGUUGCACUCCUAAAAUAUAAUGAAAUAACAACCUGGAAUAUAAAAGGUCUCAAUCAAUGUUUAAAAGUCUUCUCAUAAGGAGUGAAAACAUCUCAAAUUCAAGAACAUAUUGUUGUUUUUUUAUAUGUGUUUACUUAUAUGUAUAUAUUUGUAAGGUACUGUACUCACAGACAACUGUUUAGUCAUGCAUAGGUCAAAUGAACUCAAAAUAAUGAGAGCCUUUAUAAUGAUGUCACAGCAAAUGGAUCCCUAAGUCACUACUACUGGUUCUGACUGGGAAGGAAAACAUGUGCUCACUGGUUUUAUUGGGCUCUGUUAGUGGUCUUAUUUAAAGCCAAGAUGAUAUUCCACAAAGCCUAUAAAGUUAAUUUGUUUGCUUUUGUCUUUUUUUGUUUUUUUUUGUGUUGUUUUUUACAUUUGUUUAUGAAUUACAGGGACAUAUUCAAAUAAGACCUUUAGUAGGCUACAGUUUAUGAAAAUAAAUGGAAACUGAAAGAACCCGUACAGCAGGUGGCUUCGUCAGCUCUCACUAUGACAUUGUCUGCGUUCCAAAAUGGCACCCUAUUCCCUAUAUAGUGCACUACUUUUGACCAGGGUCCAUAAGGUCAAAAGUAGUGCACUAUGUAGGGAAUAGGGUGCCUUUUGGGACACAUCCAUUAAGUGACUAUGUUUUUAUUACCGGAACCUAUUCUCCCCUGUUUGUUUUCCUCACUGGAAUAAUCAAUCCAUUUUGACCUUUCACCUGCAUGGUGAGAAGUUCCUUGGUUGUUUCACUUUUUCCAUCACUGGAUAAACACUUAACGGGUUAACCCCACCUACACCUGAGGGAAUGAACCUUCCAUAAACGUUAACCUCCAGGGGCUACUGUUGGGGUCGUCAGAGAUAGCCUAUGUUUAUGUUCUUAAAGUGUAUAUCUAGCUAAUGUCUAUCGUCUUUGACUGGGGACUGAUUGUCUGUCCUGAAGUGGAGGUGACCGUUGGUUUCUGUUGCAACCUGGAGAUUAUUAGGCUAAUAUUGGCCUUCAUUCCUUUGACGUGUGCGAUUAACACUCAAAACUGUAAAAGGACCCCCUUCCAAUACAUGCACCCACACACUAUUACGGUUCUUUUAAGGCCCACACAGACUGUACGAUUUUGCCAUCCCCAAACAACAUUUCCACAUCUUGGGCAAAUUCUUAGGUUGUAAACGAUUGUCGGACAUCUUGACUCAUUCAGUGUGACAGGGUCUAGGUCUGACGAUUAAAUACCACUACUUGUGGUUUUGGGCGCCGACAAAAUUCUGUCAGUGUCUGAAAUGUUGAGCCUUUAUCAUGUGGUGUGACUGGUGUUAGGAGCCUUUCCCGGUGACUAACAAACAGGAACACCUCCGGCACUGAGUAUGCACACAAUAAUACAAUUGUUGUGAAUAGUCCGAUUAUUAAAAUAGUUUGAUCUAAACAUUGA